AUGGAACGACUUUCACGGAUGCUACAGGCUGCCCAGGGCAUGGGCAUCUCUGGCGCAGGUCCUGGUGGUGAUACACCGAAUCUCAUCGAUAACUCCGAAACCGUACACAUUUCUUCUCUCGCUUUGCUUAAGAUGCUAAGACAUGGUCGCGCUGGCGUUCCUAUGGAGGUUAUGGGUCUUAUGUUGGGCGAAUUCGUCGAUGAAUACACGGUCCGUGUGGUCGAUGUUUUUGCUAUGCCUCAGAGUGGUACUGGUGUUAGCGUUGAGGCUGUUGACCCCGUCUUUCAGACGAAAAUGAUGGACAUGCUCCGGCAAACAGGACGACCGGAGACCGUCGUCGGCUGGUACCACUCACAUCCUGGUUUCGGUUGCUGGCUUUCCUCUGUUGACAUCAACACACAACAGUCAUUUGAGCAGCUCACGCCGCGUGCCGUUGCUGUGGUUGUUGAUCCUAUACAAUCUGUUAAGGGCAAGGUCGUCAUUGAUGCGUUCCGUCUGAUCCAACCCCAGACCGUUGUCAUGGGCCAGGAGCCCCGGCAAACAACAUCUAACUUGGGCCACCUGAAUAAGCCAUCUAUCCAGGCGCUUAUUCAUGGUCUCAACAGACACUAUUACAGCAUUGCGAUCAACUAUCGCAAGACAGGUCUCGAGGAAAACAUGCUUAUGAACCUCCAUAAACACGUAUGGACCGAGGCGCUCCAGAUGAACGACUUCCGGGAGGAGGGUCGAGACAAUGUCAACCGGAUGGGACAACUCGUGAAACUGGCGGAAGGCUACGAGAAGCGGGUCACAGAGGAAACAGAAUUGACCAAGGAGCAGCUGAAAACGAGAUACGUUGGGAAGGUUGAUCCGAAGAAGCACAUCGAAGACGUGAGCCGGGAGCUCAUUGAGGAUAAUAUUGUCGCUGUCUCUAAGCAGAUGAUUGACAAGGAGGCUUCGGUGGCCCGACUUGCGGACGGUAAGGAGACGCAGAAUGGUGCUGAUAUGGAGGUGGAUGAAGAACUAUAG